AUGACUCAAACUGCUACUUGGCACCACCACUGCAGAAACCACUAUCAUUGGCACCACUUGUGUGAUAAAAACAACUAUGACAGAUACAGAUUCCUUAGAAUGUACCACCACUUGUACACACACUACCCUGUAGAAACUACUUCUGUAGAAACUACUACCCUUGGCACAACUCCUGAAGAAACUACUACUCCGGGCGCAAUGUCUCAAACUGCCACUUGGCACCACUAUUGCAGAAACCACUAUCAUUGGCACCACUUGUGUGAUAAAAACAACUAUGACAGAUACAGAUUCCUUAGAAUGUACCACCACUUGUACACAAACUACUCUACAGAAACUACUUCAGUAGAAACUACUACCUUUGGCACAACUCCUGCAGAAACUACUACUCCAGGCACAAUGACUCAAACUGCUACUUGGCACCACCACUGCAGAAACCACUAUCAUUGGCACCACUUGUGUGAAAAAAACUAUGAUAGAUACAGAUUCCUUAGAAUGUACCACCACUUGUACACACACUACCCUGUAGAAACUACUUCUGUAGAAACUACUACCCUUGGCACAACUCCUGCAGAAACUACUACUCCGGGCGCAAUGUCUCAAACUGCUACUUGGCACCACUAUUGCAGAAACCACUAUCAUUGGCACCACUUGUGUGAUAAAAACAACUAUGACAGAUACAGAUUCCUUAGAAUGUACCACCACUUGUACACAAACUACUCUACAGAAACUGCUUCUGUAGAAACUACUACCCUUGGCACAACUCCUGCAGAAACUACUACUCCGGGCACAAUGUCUCAAACUGCCACUUGGCAACACUAUUGCAGAAACCACCAUCAUUGGCACCACUUGUGUGAUAAAAACAACUAUGACAGAUACAGAUUCCUUAGAAUGUACCACCACUUGUACACAAACUACUCUACAGAAACUACUUCAGUAGAAACUACUACCCUUGGCGCAACUCCUGCAGAAACUACUACCCUUGGCACAACUCCUGCAGAAACUACUACUCCGGGCGCAAUGUCUCAAACUGCCACUUGGCAACACUAUUGCAGAAACCACCAUCAUUGGCACCACUUGUGUGAUAAAAACAACUAUGACCGAUACAGAUUCCUUAGAAUGUACCACCACUUGAAUACACACUACCCUGUAGAAACAACUUCCAUAGAAACUACUACCCUUGGCAUAGCUCCUGCAUAAACUACUACUCCGGGCACCACGUCUCAAACUGCUACUUGGCACCACCACUGCAGAAACCGCUAUCAUUGGCACCACUUGUGUGAUAAAAACAACUAUGACAGAUACCGAUUCCUUAGAAUGUACCACCACUUAUACACACACUACUCUGUAGAAACUACUACCUUGGGAACCACUUCAAUAGAAACAACUACUCUGGGCACCACUUCUAUGUAAACUACUUGCUCUACUACCCGAUUCUUUAGAAUGUACUACCACUUGUACAUACACUAGUACUCUUGCAACCCCGUAGCAGAUAGUCCUACAGUUUCAUCACUGUAGAAAUAUCAGCAUUGGUUAAUUCAACAGUAAUAGUAUUGUAAACAUCCACACAUGUAAUGACAACUGCUGGAACAACAAUCUUUGCUAUAUCUAUGUCUGGCAUAUUGUCUGCCUUUGAAUCCUUAGUUGCUGAAAUAUAACACUUCUACAGAAAAUAUUACCCUUGGCGCACUUUUUGUGGAAAGUACUAUUCUGGCCACCACUUCUGGAGAAAGUACCAUCUUUGACUCCACUUCUCCAGAAACAACUACCCUUGGCGCCACCUUGACUGAAACACUGUUCUGAAACUCUGCAAAAUUCUGCAGUGAAUAAUCUUUGCUGCUGUUUACCUUGUGGCAACAGUGGAGGUUGCAGAUUUAAAGAUGUAUGGUGUAUGAAUGACCUGUAUGACUCUUUUAGUUGUAUCUGUGGAACAAGCAUACCAUUGAUCAUGCCACUUCUAACAAGAUAUACAAGAUGAGCAGAUUGUGGGCAAUGAGAUGAGGACAAGGUCUUGUGGUAUUCCCUAAAGACUGCUACUCUACUACAGAUACUGAUCUCUGCGCUCCUGCUUAGUAAAAUAGGAAUAUAAAUUAAUCAAUUUAAAGAUUUUCUUUUGACAAAUUGUAUAUUAAAAAUUAAUAUUUGCUGCAAUUGAUUUUUGAAAAUAUUUUAUGGUUUGUGUAAUGUAAAUGUCACUGUUAAAUGAAUAAAAGAAUUUCACUG